ACACUCAUACAUACGCCGCUUUAAUACACGGAUACAGAUACAGACACGCGCACUCCAUUCGCCUCCCUCCGAAACGAGUCCGAAACGGAGAGCUAAGCCAAGAAAACCCAGAUCGCCGCCGGCGGCAACCGCGCCGAGCCGAGCCAUGGACCACCGUACCUACAAGGGCGGCGUCAAGGCGUACUGGAAGCACCGCGGCUACUACCGCCUCGACGCCGCCGCGGCGCAGCGCCGCGCGCCGCUCCCCACCGCGGAGCUCGGAGGAGGAGCGCGGCGUGGCGGCGCGCCAGCGCAGGAGCCUCGCCGCGCGCGGCGCCACCGCGGGUGGCGCGUGCGGCACGGGCUCGGGAGGCGGGUGCUGCGGGCGCUGUCGCCGCGGCGGUGGCUCGUGCGCCUCCGGGACGCCUACGUCUCGGCCAUGCUGCGGCUGGCGUCGUCCCCGGCCGUCGGGUUCGGCGCCGGCGCGCCCUACUGCACCGCGGGCCAGGAGUCCUUCGCGCGGCCGCGGCAGCUCAAGGAGUACGACGAGAAGGUGCUCGUCGAGAUCUACCGCUCCAUCCUCGCGCGCGGCGGCGUGCCCGUCGCCGUCCCCGCCGGCGGCCCGGCCGCCACCGCCACCGCCGCCGCCACAACUAUCCGGCUGUCCACGGCCGCCUGAUCAGCAGAAGAAAACAAGUUUGUUCUUCUCUACUUCAGCUUGUGAAUGUAACUUGUUUUCUCAGAGAACAUCUCCUCCCGUUUGAGAAAACAUCUGCUCCUGCUUGUAAACUCAAAAGUGCUUUCUUGCUGCCACAACUUCAUACUUCAUAUAUCGAUCAAUUCGCAUCGAUCUUAAUUUGUAAUGACUUAUCUUGUUGUACUGUUGCAGUAUGCAUGUGACUAUUAGUGCAAAGCAUAAAUCAACCUGAAAGAAAUUGUGAUAAGCACGCUAAUGGUA